UUAAUAUUCUAUCUACCGUGGACUGGAAACUAAUACAACAAUGUACUUGUUCCUUUAGCUUUACGUAGAAAUGGAUUCGAGUGGCAGCUCUCUCCCUUUGUCCCAUGAUUCCACACAAACUUCUGGGGAGUCUUCGUCCAGCCAGGGUUCCAAGAGAGAAAUAUGUUACUCAUUUCCAACUUUCAACAAUCUCCCAAAUAAUGGAGAUAAAGGAUUAGUGCCUAUUAAGACACCUGAAAUAUCCCUGGAAAAAUGUGAGAGUGAGAAGCAAGAAAUUAAAAACUCGUGCCCUCCUAAGCAGCAGGUGGUGAAGAAUAGAUCCAAGAAGAAUGAAAAGAAAUGCAAAGUUGAGAAGAAAAGGGUGUCUCCUGUUAGUUGGCCACAUUUAAAACUACUAGGUUGCUGAUAUGCUCUUAAUAUUGGUUAAAUUUGUUUUACUGCUUUUGGCUCUACCCUUAGCAUUAAUAGACAUUUAUGUCGUUGGCUUUGAACUUAUGUGGUACAUUGUUUUAUAUCAUAUUUAUAAUUAUAAUAAAGUAUGUGAGGUUAGAUUUUGGUA